AUGAACUUCGAAAGGACAGAUGCGGGCGCGUCGCAGACUUAUCAGCAGCAGGCUGGAUCCAUCACGAAAGGGUCUUAUGUGAUGCUCAAAGGCCAUCCCUGUAAGAUCAAGGAGGUGAACACCUUCAGUCCCGGCAAGCAUGGGCACGCCAAGGCGCAUCUGGUCGGGCUCGACAUCUUUACGGGAAAGAAGUAUGAGGAGACCUCACAGACGUCGCACAGCAUGGAGGUGCCAGUGGUCACAAAGACGGAGUAUCCGCUGAUGAAUCUGAAUGCUGACACUGGUGCUGUCAGUCUGCUUCAAGACAAUGGUGAGUUGAAGAUCGACCUGAACCUUCCUGGAGCCGGGAAGGCCAAUGAAGAGGACACGCUCCAGGCCGAUAUUCUACGGGCCUUUGGCAACGAUUUACUGAUCACCGUGGUGGUCAUUGCAGCCUGUGGCAUGGAGAAGAUCGUCAGCUUCACGGCCACGGACUAG